UAUACAUUGCCUGACCUCGCUGCCCAUUACGGGCCGAUUUCUUCCGAAUAGUUGGUGACCUCGCAAGCCUUCACGCUGGCUACCCACGAGUGUGACAUCCCACCCUCCACACUGCCUCCCCCCAACCCCACAGCUUCGCCUGACCUCUCAACCCCCAUGCCUACAACUUCCGACCCGGACGAACCGACUCCCAGAACGAUGGAUUCCCCCGCGUAUCCAACACCGUCCUUAGGGUCUCCUUCCUCUUACCCCCCACGGACUCUGGCUUCUCCCUCCUUCACCCCAAGGCCAAUGGAUUCUUCACUCUUCUGCUUGAGGACUUCAGAACCUUCUUCGCUACCAGCCAAACUAGAACCGCCCCCCUCCCCGCCAGCCUACCCACCAAGGAAUAUGGAGAUGCCUUACGGCCAGCGACCUCUUCCAGAGCAUCCUAUGGGAUACUCCAACUACUCGUCAGGAUCAUUCCCACCGUCUUCCGGGCCUUACGGUCCCCCGCCAGUGUCGUUUGCCUCGCUACCUCCCUCCUUCACGCCCUCGUCUCUGGCGCCCUCACUCUCCUCUACACCAGGAUUCCCCCCGUCAGGAGCUACUGGAUCGCCCCCUCUGGAGGCUUUUGUACAGUUGCUUCUUGCAAUGAACGUCGAAGAUCAACUGAAGCUCUACCGCACGGUGGAGAAGAUGUGGGGUGGCGGUGGACCUGGUGGUGGCGGCGGCGGUGGCGGCGGCGGCGGCGGACUUCCAGGAGGAGCAGCAAGUGCCCUGGGCGUGGGUGGUGAAGGUCAUCCUCACUCCGUGCCUCCCCACGACGCCCACGACCUCAAAAAGAGCGCGCCCCCGACGCCUCCUCCUGCGCAGGCCCUUGCAGCGGCUGCGGCCAUGGCGGCGGCGGUGGCCUCCGCCUCGAACACGCCUCCGUCAGCGCCUACGCCAAUGGAUACGACCUCGCACCUGCCUACUAUGCUCUCGCACCUUACCCAAAGCCUGGGUGUGUCUAGUAACUCGCACAGGGAGUCACCCACGCCCCACCAUCACACGCCCACGUCCACCCAUGCACCUCCACCAGCACCACACUCGCCCACGCCUAUGGACGCUCCAGUACACGACACUCAGAAGAUGGAGACUGCUGAGGAGGACACUGCAGGAGGAAGCAGCGACGCCUCCCACAACGGCCCGUCACUCCCAUCCGGCUUGAGUCCUGCCAUGGCUGCUGCAGCUGCUGCAGCAGGCGGUGUGGGCGCCCACACCCUCCUCCAGCAGACCAUGAGUCAACUGCUACGGCCUUCCUCCCCACGGGUUGACCUGCCUUCAUCCCCGCCUUCUCUAGCUCAUGGGUCAGAACCUCCGCGGCCUCUCUACUGGGGUGCCCACGACCUUCGUCAGGAUCACGACCGCCAGGACGCCCACUCCCCAGGACUCGAUCCUUCCAAGUCAAACAGCGAUAAGGGCGACAGCUUGACCUCAAUCUCAGUUUUUUCACCCAAAUCGCCGCCGCCCAUGGGUCAGUUCAACAUGCCUGCUGAAAUCUUCCAGGCCUUCCAAAUGUUCCCAUCUAUCUGGGGCCAGAUAUUUAUGCACAAAUCUGCCAUGCAGAUGCAUAACCGCGACCCCCACCGGAGCGAGGUCAAGCCACACCAGUGCCAGCAGUGUCUCAAAGCCUUCUCCUCCAACCACCAGCUGGUGCAGCACAUACGGGUCCACACAGGCGAGAAACCCUACAAAUGCUCGUACUGCGACCGCCGCUUCAAACAGUUGUCACAUGUACAACAACACACGCGUCUGCACACUGGUGAACGACCCUACAAAUGCCACAUUCCGGACUGCGGGCGAGCCUUCAUUCAGCUGUCUAACCUGCAGCAGCAUCUGAGAAAUCAUGAUGCGCAGCUCGAGCGCAUGAAGAACCGGCCGUUCCACUGCAACAUCUGCGGCAAAGGCUUCGCCACCGAGAGUUCCCUUAGGACUCACACAUCUAAGCACGCGGCCCUGGUCGGCGGCCCCAACGCUGUCAAUUGUCCUCAGUGCCAGAAAUUGUUCAUGAAUGGCGAGCAGCUGAUGGAACACAUGAAGUAUACGCAUAGGGACCCUAACGCCUCGGGAGUGGCAGCUAAGCGUCGUACGGCGUCGCACUCGUGUCCUGUAUGCGGAAAACACUACGUUAACGAGGGCAGCUUGCGGAAACACCUGGCCUGCCACCCGGAGACCUCCCAGUUCACCUCCUCCCUCAGGAUGUGGCCUUGCUCCGUCUGCCACGCCGUCUUUACCCACGAGUCAGGUCUAUUGAACCACAUGGAGCACAUGCGCAUGGAUCCUAAGCACCAGUUCGCGGCGCAGUACGUUCUCUCCCGGGCCGCUGCGGAGCGACGCGAGCGAGAGAGCAUCCUUGGCCUUGCUCAAGUUGGUCUUCAGGGUGGCGGCAACCAUAUGGGUAUGGGCAUGGGCAUGGGCAUGGGAAUGGGCAUGGGAAUGGGUAUGGGAAUGCCACACCAGAUGCAGCACCAUGCCCAACACCAAGCAGCGCCCAUGUCCAUGGCUGCCUCGCCGUCCACUCAGAGUGACGCCUCUUCGCGCAUGUCGACUCCAGCGGAAAAGCUGGAGAGCGGAUUGGGUCGCAUGCCGUCGCCCUCCGACGCGCUGCGUUCCAUCACCAGCCACCACGACGUUAUGAACCAGAUGCGCCCGCAGCCCACCGACAACAUGCGCGCCAUGAUCAGCCAGAGUCAGGCGGAACUGGUCAAAUCAACACUCACCUCGCAGGCUGAGACGAUCCGUUCCGUAAUGGCUUCGCAAGCCGAAGCCAUCCGUUCACUCUCCAAUCCUCACGGCCAACCAGUGCAACCCCCACCCACACAGCAGCAGCAACAACAACAGCAGCAACAGCAGCAGCAACAGCAGCAGCAACAACAACAGCAGCAGCAGCAGCAAUCUCACCAGGCUCCAGAGCCCAUGGGAUCUCCUCAGCCCGACAUGCGUGAUAUGCGUGACCCACGAAUGGGUGGGAUGGAGUCUGCCCUCCGGAGUGCCCAGGCCGAGGCGGCCCUCCGGCUGGUGAACCACGAAGGGCGCCCCUCCCCGCAGCAUCAGGGAGGGGACCUCUCAGACUCCAUCCGUCUACAGGAGAUGCGAAUGGAACAAGCCUUGCGACUCCACGGUGACCCUCGAGCCCUGGCUACCUCCCUGCCCGGCCCCCUGGGGUUCCCUCUGGCGCCCCCCCAACACCAACCUCAGCAGCAGAGCGCCUGAACUUACACCAGCCUGCCCCCAGCCUGGGAGCAACACCCCCCGCCGCCACUCACCCGUACUAGUCCUCCGGUGAACGUGUCAUGACUGUGUGUCUGUCUGUCACAUCGCCUCGGUUCCACCUUUGUUCUGUUGUGUCGUAUUUUUAGCUGUGAUAAAAUGAAAUGGUUCCUUGCAGGAGCUAUGUAUUAAUUUAAUGAUCACUUCUCUGUGUUAGUUCCUUGAGUUGUUGUUGUUACACGGGGUGACUGAGCGUAGAGGACCUGGGUUGGGCAGGGGGCAAUCCUAAGCCUCCAGCCCUGCCAGCCACCGAGGCCCUUAACUCCCACAAGCUCCAAAAGUCACCCUCCCGACAGUUCCUCACAGUUUCUUUAAGUGCAAUUUUAGGGACCAGCGGUGUGUGACACUCGAUACCUACAGAAAAGGUGAGGUGUUGGGGUGUUUUAACAGGGCAGGCGCUGCUGUAUACAAUACCUUCAUAUUGCUUCCAUGGCUUGACUUGAUUGCAGUCAUUGUGUACCUGUAAUAAAUAUUAUCUUUAUACAUUUUAAUGCAUAAUACGGCGCCAUUUUCGGUGCAUGUUAAGCUUUGCACAGCCGAGUGUAGAAAAAUGUUAAAAGGUCCUAAUGCAAGCAUACAAUCAAACAAGAUCUUUGUGAAAAUAACGAACCUCUCGAAUUGUGAGCGGGGUAUGACUGCCUCCCGUGACCAGUGAGCCGCCGGCUUCAGUACUGCGUCCCGGAUAUCUAACAAGAGACCCAUUACAUGGCCAUUUUCCUGAGGCCAGAUGUGGCCUUCCCCGGCGCUCACAGUGACUCGAGCUCACUACUUGCGGCUGGGGCAGCAGAACAAGCUCUGAUUACCUUAUUAACUUAUUAUAAAAAAAUGUGAGAAUGACGUCCACUUUCCCUCCACCACAUGACGCCUGCAUAAUUUUGCUGGAAUCCUUCAUCCCACUCAUGUCUGAAGACACGUUCAUCUCCUGCUCAUACGAUAACAAGGUCUUCGAAGAGUGAUAGUGUGUGGACCAUUACAUAGUUUCAAGUUUUCAGAUGUUAAUUGCUCACUUUCGGAAAAUAAAAAAUCAGAGUCUGUUAAAGUUUCAGAGCCGAGCAGGUGUGGUACUGCUUUACUGACAUUACAAGACUCCAAAGGUACCGUCAUUGUUAAAUAUGUAUAUUGACCUUAGAUCAUACGGAUCGUACCUACGCGUGUGUAAUUAUUAAAAGAAAUAUGUUUAUACAGUUCCACAUUUUAAGUGUCUAAUUUUCUGAUUAUGAUUCAUCUGCGCAAUAUGGUAGUAAGUGUACAUGUCCCCUCAAGUAGCUUUGAAGGCAAGAGAUGGGUCGCUCUCCAAGCGCCACCUUAGAUUUAGACAAUAUAGCAUAGAAAUAAUGAUUCUGGUACUCUUAGCCAUAAACUUCAGUGAUGUACAGAUUGAAUAGUAGGAUUUUUUAUAGCCUCGUGGAGAUUUUUGUAAUUUUAGCCUUCAAAGCUUCCUGAUCACACCGAUUGACUGUUGACUGUUCCUGCAAUCAGAGUUUACCGUUAAAUGCUGCUACUGUUCCCACCACCAUUAGUCCUAGAAUCAAUUAAUGUUUGUACACUACCACUACUACUACUACUACGACUGUUACCACUACUACUAUUACUACUACUUCUACUACAUAGACCGUAGCAAUAGAUCCGGAACCAUAACUUUUCUAGAUCCUUUACUAAGAUUAGUGUAAAUCUAGUUCUAACUACCAACAGUCCCAUUCCUCAUCCUCAUCCUAACCCUUAACUCGACCCUUCCCCAAGUGAACCUCUGAAAUCCACCCUCGCCUAUCCCUUUUCCUAAGUCCUCGCCUUUUUCCUAAGUCCUCGCCUUUUUCCCCAAGUGCUCGCCUUUUUCCUAAGUCCUAGCCUUUUUCUUAGCUUGAACCCCAGCCUUUUCUUUUACCUGGAAUUUACUUCCCCACUGUGUCUAUUUUUUGUAAUUGGUUAAUCAUACUUGAGUCGUAUCCUUUUCUGGUGGUUUGAUUUUACCCCUGACGUCAAAUAUUAAAAUUUUAUAUUCCUUUGCCAUACCUAAUGUCAGGUCUAUAGUUCUGCGGUUUUAUUUCAUGUCUUUUGGUCUUUUAUGCAAAUUAAACACAGAUCCGUGUCGCCUAAGGUACUAAAUAAGGCCAUAGAUUCUACGAAAAAUUGCAAUUUAGAGGACAAAAACAAUUUUUAUUUGUCUGCGAGUUUAUGUAAGAGUUAAGAUUGUUUUUGUCCCGUAUGAGCUGUUAUGUUGUUAUUUCCUUUUUUUCUUUUAAUUGUUAUGACAGAAUAAGCAUUUUUUGAAUUUGUAUUUUACAUAAAAAAGAUAAAAAUAUCGUGCAUGUUUUCUUCCUCUGAGAAAAACAUUGCCAUUUGAUCCGUUUUUAUUAUCUUUUGCGAUUAUUUCAUCAUCACUACCCAUCAUCAUCAUUAUUAUCAUUAUCAUCAUUUGUUGCUGUCACUACUGGUGCAAAAUUUGAAAAAUAUAUAUAUGUUUGAGUUGUUGAUUAUUGUCCAGAACUGUUUUUUUUUUUUAUUUUCCCGAGAAUUCAAGAAGUCUUUGGACCACCAUUUUCAGUUUUCCCACCACCAUUAUCACCACCACAACCACCACCACUACCACCACCACCACUACCACCACCACCACUGCCGCCACCACUGCCGCCACCGCUACCACCACUACCCCCACCACCAAAAUUACCACCAUUCUCACCAUUACUACCUUUCUCCCCUCCCUGCCACUGCAAACCUACCCACCACCACCACCAAUAACAUACUGCCUUGCCACUUUUCCCUACUGCCACCACCACCACUACCAUUAUCACUACUACUACUACUACCCACCACCACCACCACCACCACUACUACCACCACUACCACCACUACCACCACUACCAACGCUACCAGCACCAUUUCUGCCACCACCGCUUCCAUUCUCCCCGCCUCCGCUACCACCCUCCCCGCAACCACUGCCACCCCCCCCCCGCCACCACUUCCUUCCUCCCCCGCCACCACUUUCAUCCUCCCCAACACGCCCAUCCUCCCCAACACGCCCAUCCUCCCCUUCACUACCACAACAGUCCCUUACAACCCCCUACCACAACCAACCCUCCUUCAAGCCAAACUACCUCCCUCCACCACCGCUCACCGCUACCACCCCCACCUCAGCAACCCCCACCACUACCACAACCCCUCCCCACCACCACAACCCCUCCCCACCACCACCGCUACGCCUCGUUCGAAGUUCCAUAGUCUGCCGACAGAUCCACCGGUAUCAGGAAUAUUAAACACAAAGGAUAAUACAAGUUCCUAGUGAAUUUUCCUAAUCAUAAACUUGUCGUUUGAAGCAUUUAGAACGCAUUAUUCUUUGGUUUCUUGGUUGUAUCAACUAAAUAGCAUUGAGGUAAAACUUCGACUAUUUGUGUUCGUGCUUAUCCAAAACGACUUCUAUCCACUGAGUUCAUCUUACAAAGCAAUUAUACAGAUAUUUAUAUAAAUAUAUAUACAUUCUCGGGUCAUUCAUGUGGACUGGGUAGCCGAGUUCCCAAAGGUUUAAUUUUUGUAUUGAGGGGUUCUAAGACCCCGGGUAAGGUUGGACGCGGCUACCUGGGGAAAGUAGUAUCGGGUCUUACGUGGAAAAAAAAAAGCAAAAGAUUAUGUUAGAGUACGUAGAUCCUUACUCCGUGACGUGGACCAGAGACCUGCUUACCCACAGUACCCUCCCCGUUAUCAGGGGAUCCACAUGGAUAUCUGCCUCUCCCUUUUUUCCUCGGGGCAUACCGAGGAGCUCUCCGCCACACUGUUUACAAAGUUACUGACGUUUCCAGUUUAUUUGGCUCACCAAUGUCCCUGGAAGUUUGAUUUUCGUUAAUUUCCGGUUACAUCAGCGUUUUUUAUCCCCCCUUCCCCAAGUUCCUCCAUGUGCCACUCAGCAUGCGUUAACACCAACAUAUCCGAUAUUAGAUGACCCGGCUCACCCAGCUGCCUCAGUAGCGGGGAGCCCCGCCACCCAACAGGUGAAGUCCCGCCCUCUGCCCCGCCGCCACGUACGGGGGCCCUCCUUGCUUCUCCGUGCCCCGCCACUACACUCGGGGGCACACCGACCUCCCCUAUGUGCCCCGUUACCUCCCCCUGGCUCCCUCCCCAAGUCGCUUGUGCCCCGAAUGUGAUCUUCAGAGAAGACGUCAGCAGCGCGGCUGGCCACGUAAGCAUAAUAGUGACGGCCAGGGUGGCGACUGUGGUGGUGUGGCCACUAAGAGCUGCUCCUCGCCGACUCCCUCACCAGGAACAGGUAUCAAAACUGCAGGUAGCAGGACAGACGGGGCGGCCUCAGGGGACCGUAAGUUGUCGCGCCUCCUCUUGGGCGGAGCGCACCGAAGUUGCCUUGCCCAUAUACCUCACGUAGCCACUGCCGCAGCCGCAGCCUGGCCCACCCCUGAGGCCGCACCCACCCGUUGCACACCCGCAGUCUUCCACACGGACACGCCGUUAGUCUGCAGCGCGCCUGAGCGCAAGCGGACUGUUGGGCUCGACUUACGACCUCGCCAGGUCGUUAAACGAAUCAGUGUCCAUCAAAAUGGCCAAAUACGAGUUAAAUGUACAUUUUAAAAUAGUCUAAAAGACAUAAUAAUGCAGACGUCCCAGCCAUCUUCUUUGUACUAUCGUAUGAAUUAUCAAUAAGUAGCGUUCAAUAGACUGUUGUUGUCAUGUUGUCUUUAUAAAUUAUUAAAGGUCGGGUACAUUGUGGGUAGUGCUGCAGUCAGCUGAUGUACAAUACUUUCGGGCCUGCUCACCCCCGCAGCCCCAACCUUGUUUUUUAAGGUCCUGCUGCACACCCAUUGACUCGGUGCCUAUCAUCAAUGUCAGGAUGAUGCACUGUUAUCAACGAGUGAACUGAGCCAUGCCAGAUGUGUGUGUGUGUGUGUGUGUUGUGUGUGUCUGUGAGUGUGUGUGUAGGAGUGAGGCCAGGAGAUGUAGAGCUGAGAUCAUGGAACAAUCCUCCCAGUGCAUGUUUCACCUUGCUGAUGCUUCAAUGGUUUUGUUCCGUUUCUUGUCCUACUGUGUAGUUACAAAUGUUCAUGUGUUAGAUGUAGUGUGGGGAAAAAAAUUUGUCAAACUCUGAACCAAGCCCAUGUUCGUUCAUGGGAAUAAACUUGUGAUGCUGGUUUGAGGUAACUUGGUUCAAGGGUAAAGCUAGGCCGUGUGAGUUUAGGCAAGCAGGACCACCAGGUGUCGAACACAGAGUCGGGGACCAUACUGUACACUCCGGCUCCUAGUUCAACAUACCUGCUUAAAAAAUUACUAUUAAUAUUAAAUUAUUAUUAUUAUUAUUAUUAUUAUUAUUAUUAUUAUUAUUAUUAUUAUUAUUUGUGUUAUUGUUACUAUUUUUUAGGAAAAAUUAUUAUAAUUGUGAUUAUUAUGUACCUUACCAAGCUUCCCUAAACGGCGCUAUCUUAACCUUGGCCCGUGGUACUGAAUGUGUAGAUAAAUACAGUAAAUAAAACACUUGUCCAACCGGA